UGUUUUGAGGUUGUUUAUCCUUGCGCCGUUCAAGUAAACAAGGAUGGCUUGGAAACAUCGAAAGGCCAAACCUGCAGUCAUGAGUCAGCAAACGACAUUGUACGUCGGGGCCUGCAGUUAGCAGUAUCUAUCAUAUCUCUUCCGUCAAUUGAAUGUUUGAACAGGUAAUCAAUAAUGCAGCCAAACGUACUUCGAUAGAACCAGGAAUACAAAAAGCAGGGACUUGACACAACCUAGAAAUCGUUUGUUGUCUAUAAAAGCCUAUAUGAUCUAUUCUGAUCUUAGUGAAUUUCAGAUAAAGAAUAAUAUCAGAGGAAGAGGAAACAGUCAAGUGUUGAUAUAUGGCGUCCAAGGCUACGGCAAUUGCCACCGUUGUAUUGAGAAUUUUUACUAUUUUAUUUGCAGCUGGAAGUGUGGUGGUUCUGAUACUGGACAAGGCCACUGAUGUAGAUGGUAGCAAAUUAACAUUCAAGAAUGUCACUGCCUACAGGUAUGUGCUGGCCACCGAUGUUGUUGCAGCAGCCUAUUGCCUUUUGCAGUUACCUUUUGCUAUAUACUAUGCUUGCACCGAAAAGAGGCUACUUCGCGGUGAUUUCUUGCCGGCCUUCGAUUUUUAUGGAGACAAGCUGAUCGCCUUUCUUAUGGCAACAAGUGUUGGUGCUGGUUUCUUGGUCACUGUGGAACUGAAAGAAUUUCUGGGUGAUUUAUUCAAGGAAUUUGGGGCAGAUUUGAAAGAUUCAAUGUUUGAAGGUUUUUUUAACAAGGGAUAUCUUGCGGGGGGUCUUCUGGCAGGCGCAUUCUUAUGCAUGGCUAUUCUUUCAAUACUUUCCUCUCUCCAAAGGACUGGCAUCGGCAGCAGAGGUUUCUUCCGAUGAUAUCUCUAAAAUAAUUCUUCUUUGAGGCCAUUGCCAA